AUGUCAAAUUGUCAAUCUACAAAUCGAUGGUUAAUCAAUAUAAAUAUGAUAUUUCAAUGUCUUGUACAAAAUUUAACUGAAGAUGCUAUAAUAGCACGAUGGAAUGAGAUUUUAUCAUCAGUUAAUGGAACACGAGAUGAAACGUUCAGCCCAACUCUUCUUCGAAUUUUAACUAAUACUCGACAAUUAUGUGAUCGAAUCGAUAUGACAUUAGUUUCUCUUGCAUCUGAUUAUCUUUAUGCAUAUUAUGGAAAAUGAAUGUCAAAUUGUCAAUCUACAAAUCGAUGGUUAAUCAAUAUAAAUAUGAUAUUUCAAUGUCUUGUACAAAAUUUAACUGAAGAUGCUAUAUUAGCACGAUGGAAUGAGAUUUUAUCAUCAGUUAAUGGAACACGAGGAUGA